CGCCAAAUACUUUCCGGCGACGAGCUCGCCCCACCGACGACCCGGAAGUUCCUUCUUCCGAUGGCAUUCAAACCGAAUCCCUUAUCCCUAACCGUCCCCGAUCCCGCCUUCGAGUCCUGGCUCCGAGACUCCGGCUACCUCGAGCUCCUCGACCAGCGAUCCUCCUCCUCCUCCGCCUCCGCCGCCGCCGCCGCCGCCGCCUACUCCUGCGGCGACGGCGCCGCCUCCGACCCCACUUACGCCCCCGGGAUCUUCGCCGCCGUCUUCUCUGGCCUGGGGACCCUGCUGUCCGUCGCGACGCUCAACCCGCUGUCGAAGCUCGCCACCGACGAUUUCUCCGGCGAGACCCCGUCCUGGACCCGCGGCUUCGUCGGUGACUUCGGCUCGUACUCGUUCCCGUCCUCGCCCGCUCAGGCUCGGCUUAGGGUCCACGAGAACGUCAAGCGGUUCGCCCGCAACUACGCCGCUCUGUUCAUCCUCUUCUUCGCUUGUGCUCUGUACCAGAUGCCAUUUGCUCUUAUUGGACUGCUGUCAUGUUUGGCACUCUGGGAUUUUUUUAAGUUCAGUAGUGAUAAGUGGGGAUUGGAUCAACGGCCUGUAAUUCGCCAAAUUUUGGUUCGCACAGCCCAGAUUGUAACUGCUGUUAUUUUGAUAUGGUGCAACGUCCAAAUGGCACUUUUCUGUGCGCUCUGUGUCAGUUAUGCUGCCUUGAUCUUACAUGCUGCGUUCCGGAAACUGACUCCAUCAAAACCUCCUCAUAAAAAGAGGUAGAAACCCCGAGCCAAACAAGGAGAAACUUGCUGUUUGACAGGAUGCGGAUUUACCCAGGAUUAAUGAGCUCUUCUACACAAACUCAUGCUUACACCCAUAACCGCAGUAGUGCUGAAGGUGAAGACGUGAUAGAAAUGACUGCUUCUUUGCAUGGUACAUGUGGUACAUGUCAUAUGCCACCAUUAAGAUGGUGAAAAUAAAAUUCCCUCGCGGAAUGUUGCGAAAUGUGAAAUUUUGCUCCGCUGGUUUUUCUGAUAGUUUUAGAGGGCAAAUCAUGUUGGACGAGUUGCUUGAGCUUUGCUUGGGCAGUUUUGCACAACAGAUAUCGGCUGUAAAUUGUUUCUUAGCUGAGGUAAUCGAUGUUGUGUUAGGUGAGAGUAUUUAUCAGCUUGA